CGGACGCUCGCCACGCAGAGCCCCUUCAAUGACUGGCCAAUGUGCAGGAUCUGCCAUGAGGGCAGCAGUCAGGAAGACCUGCUUUCCCCCUGUGAAUGUACGGGGACCCUGGGGACUAUUCACCGCAGCUGCCUGGAGCACUGGCUGUCGUCUUCAAACACCAGCUACUGUGAACUCUGCCACUUCAGGUUUGCAGUGGAGCGCAAACCCAGGCCAUUGAUGGAGUGGCUGAGGAACCCAGGCCCCCAGCACGAGAAACGGACUCUCUUUGGAGACAUGGUGUGCUUCUUGUUUAUUACUCCACUGGCGACCAUCUCUGGCUGGUUGUGUCUACGAGGAGCAGUGGACCAUCUGCACUUUAGUAGUAGGCUAGAAGCUGUUGGCCUCAUUGCACUCACUGUCGCACUCUUCACUAUUUACCUCUUUUGGACCCUAGUAUCCUUUAGGUAUCACUGUAGAUUAUACAACGAAUGGCGUCGGACCAAUCAGCGGGUGAUACUCCUAAUCCCAAAGUCUGCCAACGUCCUCUCCAACCAGCAGUCCCUGCUGGGCCUGCAGUCCCUCAAAAGGAACUCAAAGGAGACAAUCGUUUGA